CACCUAAAACUUCUAGGUAUAAGAGUGUUAGCCAUAUUAUGAUUUUUUUCCCCAGACCGAUUCCUGGUAUUUCUUUGUCCCACGCAUUUAGGAGAUUUAGUUAUACAUUCUGAUACGUUGUCUGACUAGAAUUUAUGGCAAAUUUUAGUUACUACGGUCACAUUUGGCUGACUCUAAAAUAGCAGAAGGAUCAUAUUAUACUAUUCUUUGACCCUAUUAUAUUUACGUUACUGGACUCUUUGUGAUAGCCUCUAGCUGCUUUCUAUCUGUGUCCUUCUUGAGCAAAAUACGCUCAACAGUAAAUAGAAGCAGGGUGUCGUGUUAGAAAUGAAGUUCUCAUGUGAAAAUAUGUAUUUCUGCACAGCAUCAUGAAAGCAAAAGGUUUAUUUAAUACUUGUCAAUACCUGAAGACAUAGUCCAGCAUUAACAAAUAAUAAUAAAGAAUGAUAAUACUCUAAUAAUGUGGCAAUCCUAGUGUGAAAACGCACAUGACCCUAGGUUUUCCUGAAGAUUUUCAGAAUUCUCCCCAUUAGUACAACCAGUGGUGGACAUUGCUGUUGCAUUUCCCAAUGAAACGUUUAAAAGACUGUAAAUGGUGUGUGCAUUACUACAUUGCAGAAGGAAGAGGUCAAGCUAAAUUGCACUGGUAUUUAAACAUAAUCAUACUAUGAAAAUAAAUCAAAACAUCACGUAAAAGGAGUAUUUUAAAUGUUACACACGUUUUCUUUCUGGAAUGACAUGGCUAAGCAGUUCCCUGUGAGCAUAUAUAUAUUUUAAUACAAGUUUACAAAAAUAAAAGUAUAUGAUUUUCAACAAAUGGGAAUAGGUCUACAGCGAAGUAUUAUGAAUAUAUUUUGCUCUUUCUUUCCUAAUGAGGUUUAUCCUUUGGCCAGACAGUUUUAAGACUGAAAUACUACUGGCUAUAGAGUGUAGAUUGCAGAUUGCACGCUACUCAACGUGAAAAGGAGCACGUUUGAUUGAUCGCCUCUGUGUGUGUGUGCACCCAUACACACAACUCUCUGUAGUUGCAUGUGCAUAUAUUUGGCAAAACCGGGCAUCUCUGGGCAUCCUUAUCUUAAGAAAUGUGAGACAAACACCCAUUCCUUUAAUCAUGUUCAUCUUUGAUCACCAGUGAGGGUGACACAGUUCACAAAAUUAACAAAGAAACUCCCUUGCUUUUGAGAGAUAGCUCCAUGUACAUCUGAGUCUGCACACACAUGCACAUGGACACAUGAACACGCAGGCAUACAUCCCAGUAAGUAAAUUAUGGCAUAACUUUUCAUGUAAUUGACACCAGACACCUUUAAUUUUUCAUUUUCAUUCUUUUGACCAGCUUUCACAUUAACAAUCUCAGCCAUAAAUGUUGGUGGCUAUUGAUCGCAAUCCCCUGUGCGUGUGCAAAUCCAUUUUCAAGUCCUCUGCCUUUAAUGUGCGUGUGCGUGUGCAAGGGGCCUCUGACGGCUGUUUAUCAGGAUCUUCCCCAGCCUGCUUGAAGACGACCCCGGAUACACAACGUGUGCCGAUGGCCAAGGGAAAGCACGCACACACACACACACACACGCACAUACAUACACACACACACACACAUACACACACAAAAAGAACCAAACCAAAUGAUGGAGAAGUAAAGAAACAAAGCUCUCUUGUGCGAGAUGCGGAGAAAGAUAUGCAACCGAAAGUGUGUCUCUAGAAAGACCACGAUGAUUUCUCUUUAGCGCCAGCAGCUGUUUUCUCUCGAAACUUUGCUUUUUUUGCCUCUCACUCGAGCGAGAAGGAGAAAGGCAAGGCUGGGGAUCCAGAUGCGAGGAGAGGGAAGAACUCCGCGGAUGGUCUGAGCUGAGCCGAGCAUUGUUCACUGCUGCCUCUCGGUUACGUUUAAAGGCUGAAAUAUCACGAGAUCCACCUCAAUGAUCCUUUUCUAAUUCGAGGGACAAAAUGUAAUUUGCUGUAGCUUGCUUUCUCGGAUGGGAAUACUAUCCCUGGGUUUCAGAGGGAAGAACUAGGCAUCGCGGUUGUCGCACACACAUGGAUUAAGUUGAACAGCGGCGAUUACAUCUGCGCUGAGAGCAACAGUAGUCCAGGGCUGACUUUUCAAAUCUCAGCCCUCCGAGUUAGAGGCUCCCUUGAAUAGACUUCCUCCAUUCCCGGAUGCACUUCUCCAAAUUCCCACUUCUCUCUCGAAUUCCUGUGAAAUUGGGGGCUUGCCUGCAUUUCGCCUUGGCAUGCAAAACGGCGUUUUCACAGAGUGAUUAUGCGCUUUCUUUUAGCUGUACCUGACGGGGUAACACGAACUCCACGCACCAUAUUGCCAACACGCGGAGUGGAUAUUGACGUUUGGGAUUGAAGAUUUUUUUUUUAUUUUUUUUUUCCUCCGUCGAUUUUUUUGCCAAGUCACAGCAGUAUGAGAUGUCUCAUUAAUCUCGCGGAUGUGUCUAAUUCUGGAUGUGCAGUGAUACAUAAAAGUGCUGGUGUUUGUAUCCAGCGGAACACUGGAUGCACGGCAGAGAUUGGUGAUUUUUUUUUUCGCAGCGCCUAACGUGCAAACCGCAAGCAUCACUUUAACGUGACAAGGGAGAGGCAUGCAGCUAUCGCAACAUUUGCGAAAUCCUCGUUCUUGACACUCGAAUAAUUUAACGUUCCUGAGAAGAGGUUAAACCUUCAUGCUGCUUCUUCAAAUUGAUUUUAAGGGGCUGAUAUAAAUGGAGCAUCAAAAAGCUUCGGCAGAGCUACUCCGAGCGGAAUAUGCAAACUGCGAGCCAGAAGCAUCCUAGCUCGAUGCAAUAUCGUACAUUGUGUGUUCCAGCACUUUUUUGUUAUUACGUAAAGGCUCCUGGAAGCACCUUGGAUAUUUUACAUUCUCCUUUCUCUGCUGGAAGCAAUCAGGACGCAGGAAUCCUGACGUGGGCUCUGGGACUAUAGGACAUUCCAGCUCGUGAUCCAGCACGGUUAAUCGUGAAAAGUGUAUACAUUUCUGGCUUAUCUAUGCUUUGUUAUGGGUCUGACGUGAGCUCACGUCCUCCUCCCCCCCUCCUGCAAUAUUACAGGCAGAAUUUCGGUUAAAAGUGUUAUAGUAUCACGGUGCGGGAACCCGUGAUAUUCACACAGCAAAAAUAACCUUAGUACCCGGCUAUAAAAAGCUAAUUAAGCAGAAGAGGAAAAUCGAGAGAAACUCGAAAAUGUAAGUACUCCCUCUCGUUAACAACCGAACAUUUAACUUUGGAGCCUCAGAAGGGGAAAUACCAGGCUGUUCUGCACGUUUUCGCUAAGCUUCAUUUUCCACACAAUGCAGAAUAAAACGCUAGUUUAAAGCGGCUACGUUACCGAAGGAUUUUCCAUCGCUACAAUCAGACUUAUGUCCUUUAAAUUCACGGCAUGCACAAAAGAGCAACGUUUGUCCAAAACAGGCUGAAAAUAUACGGAACGAUAGGGGGGGAAAAGCAUACAAAUCCUUCCUCCGAAGCUAGCGACGAGGAAGUCUGAGAGAGCUGAGUGUGUUUGAGCUCGGAUUGUUUAAUAGAAAGAUUUAUAUACUAACUGUAUUAUUUACUUUGGGAGGGGAGGUGGCAGUAUAAGGGUAUGCUAAUUAGUGGGAGAUUUUUUGGGGGAAGGGGUGGAAUAUCAAUUUUUAUUGCAUCACCUGUCAGGAGUGUCCAAUCAGCGUUGGCUUUAGGGGAAUUAAUUGAUGAAGGUGUCUCCGGACGAGCUCACUUCACUCUGUCAUUUUAUUUGUAGCUAAAGCAGCGGCGGGAAUAGCAGCUGCAUUCUUUUCUCUUCCUCCCUUCACAUUCCAUUAUCAUAGUUUCCAAUGGAAAAGCAGGGAAUGAAAGGGAAACAGGUACUGAUCUUCAGCAGCAACUUAGAGAAACACUUUGGCAAACCUGAUUUUUAAGAUUAUAUACUGAUUGUGGUCUCACGGUAUUUUUUAAUUUAUUUUUUAAAAUUUUGUCUAAAGUUUGGCACUUCAUUCACCAGGAAUAACAGCCUUUGUUAUAUUUUAUUAGCAGGAUGCCUUGAGACAAAUACAGCAUCUGGCUGAGGAUUGUGUGUGUGUGGCUUUUUCUUUUUUUUUUUCCUUUUUUUUUUUUCAUCUCUCUCUCUCUCUGCAAAUGCUGGGAAUAAUUUAAUUCACGAAAUGGGAGACCUGAAGUCGGGUUUUGAAGAGGUGGAUGGCGUGAGGCUCGGCUACCUCAUCAUUAAAGGAAAGCAAAUGUUUGCACUCUCCCAGGUUUUUACAGACCUGCUCAAAAACAUCCCGCGAACUACCGUGCACAAGCGAAUGGAUCAUUUAAAAGUAAAAAAACAUCAUUGCGACUUGGAGGAGUUGAGGAAACUCAAAGCCAUCAACUCCAUCGCUUUUCACGCUGCCAAAUGCACCCUGAUCUCCAGAGAGGACGUGGAAGCCCUAUACACAUCCUGCAAAACCGAACGGGUUCUUAAAACGAAACGGAGGAAACUAAGCCGGGCGCUGUCUGCCACGGAUCUCCGGCCGGAGCUCGCUCCCGCCGACCCCUUCUCCGGCUUCUGGAAGGAGAAAAACUCUUGGCUGGGUCUGAGCGACUCUCCUCGGCCGCUGCUUCACGUCCGGAGGAAAGCUCUGCGCCCGGGGGACACAGCCUUGCUACCGGCCGCUCAUCUACCUCACAUUUUUAGUAAAUACACUGGCCACAGCUACCCAGAAAUCGCUCGGGCGCCUUGCAAAUCCCCCGUAAACUAUGAAACGGCGCCGGCGGUGGGGCGGCUGCGUGCCCCUGCGCUCCCGCCGCCCGCUCGCCGCCGCGGCGAGGCCCCGGCUCCCGACCGCCGGUCCCCCGCCCCUGCCCGCCCGCUGCCGCCGCCGCCGCCACGGGGCGGCCGCCGCCGCCGUCACGCUGGCCCCCCCGGCGGCGCCCGCCGGCCCCUGGCCCUGCCCCGGCCCUGCCGGCCCCGCGGCGCCCCGCGGCUGCCGCUGCCUCUGCCCCGCGGCUUCGGGCCGCCCGCCUUCCCCGAGAGCGGCAGCAGCGACUCGGAGUCCAGUUGCUGCUCGGGCCGCGCCGCCCACGACUCGGACUGCGGCUCCAGCCUCUCCAGCUCCAGCGAGGGCAGCUCGGAGGAGGAGGACGAGGAGGAGGAGGACGAGGAGGGCAGCGGGGCCUCGGACUCCAGCGAGGGCAGCUCGGAGGAGGAGGAGGAGGAGGAGGAGGAAGAGGAGGAGGAAGAGGAGGAGGAGGAGGACAGCACCUCGGACUCCGACUCCAGCUCGGUCUCCAGCCAGGUUUCGGUGCAGAGCAUCCGCUUCAGGCGCACCAGCUUUUGCAGCCCGCCCGGCGUGGUCCACGCCAACUUCUUGUACCAUCUGGCGGCCGCCGCCGCCUCCCGACCCCCGGCCCCGGCGGAGCCCGGCGGGCUGCCCGCCCUCCGCGGCGCUCCCGGCGGAGUCAAGCCGGAGCUGCCGGAGGAGUGGGGCUGCCCCGGCUGGGCUCCCGCCGCCCCGGCGCUGCGCUGCUCCGGAGCUGGGAGCUGCUUCGCGGAGAUAAGAGACGAUAGGGUAUCCGAACUCACAUUCCCACACUCUGAAUUUUCCAAUAAUGCCAAGAGUACUGACCUAACAAUUAACUGUGUUGCAAAGGGGGCCUCUUCACCUAGCCCAAAGACAAACAAUGCAUUUCCACAACAAAGAAUACUCAGAGAGGCAAGGAAAUGCCUUCAAGCAACUACUACACACCGUGUAGAUAACAAUACAAUAGCUGCUAGGUUCUUAAAUAAUGAUUCUUCAUCAGCGGCAGCAAAUUCAGAGAAAGAUUCCAAAAUCCCUCAUUGUAUUGAAUUUGCCACGGAUUUGCCCUCUUUACAAACUGAUCCUGCGGAGGAUGCUGCUUCUCCAGGGGCAGCAGCAGCUGAGCUCCAGUGCACUGAUACAGGCAAUAAGGCAUUGCCAUUCCUGCACAGCAUUAAAAUCAAAAUAGAGGACAGCAGUGCGAACGACGAGUAUGAGCCUGAUCUUACAACACAUAAGCUAAAGUGUGAGUGCAAUGAUACUAAGGAUGAAUUUUACGGUGUGACUGAGAGUAAUAACCAGGACGCUUUAUUAACAGCCAAGGAAGAUUCUGCAUGCACUGAGAAAGAAACCACUUCCUUAAACCCACUGACUCAGAGUCAGGUCCUCUCAUGCACUUUAGGUACUCCAAAACCUGAGGAUGGGGAGUAUAAAUUUGGAGCAAGGGUGAGAAAAAAUUACAGGACACUGGUUUUGGGAAAGCGACCUGUACUGCAGACUCCUCCAGUCAAACCAAAUUUGAAAUCAGCUCGAAGCCCACGUCCUACAGGUAAAAUCGAGACACAUGAAGGAACACUGGAUGAUUUUACAGUUAACAAUAGACGCAAAAGGGUAGCCAGCAAUGUAGCAUCAGCAGUGAAAAGGCCAUUUAAUUUCAUGGCAAAUUUUCCCUGUCCACCAUCACUAAUUAUUGGCAAUGAUGGGGAUUUGCCAGCUUAUUCCUUAAACACCACUAAGGAUUCCCAACCACCUCACAAGGCCCAUCCUGUAUGGAAAUGGCAGCUGGGCGGUUCUGCAAUACCUCUUCCACCUAGCCACAAAUUCAGGAAAUUUAAUUAAUAAAGUAGUUUGGAAAAUAUUUUCUUGAACCACUUUAACUUUCUUACCUUUUUUUUUUUUUUUUUUAAACUCUGCAGCAUGGUUUGUACAAACCCAUUAAUGCUAUACACUUUUGGAAUCCUGUUUUAUCACAUUCUGAAGACAGAAACGGAUUACUAUUUUAUUUACCAUUACAACAGUGGGGGAUUUUUUUCCUUGUUUUGGGGUUUUGGUGGGGGUUUUUUGGUUCUUGUUGGUUUGGGCUUUUUUGUUUGUUUGUUCUGUUGCAUUGUUUUUUGUUUUUUGUUUUUGUUUUUUUUUAUUAUGUUACAUUCCACAGAGUACUUCAGGCUAAAGACUCAAGUUAAACUCAGUAUUAUGGUAGAGCUGGAACACUUUACUGUUUAAAUGCUAAUAAUGCACCAGUACCUCAAUUCAACUGCUGCAAAUAAAUGUCAAAAGGUUGAAUAAUAAAUAUUAGAAUGAGCCAUUAAAUUUAUGCACUAGAUUUUGAAAAUGGAACUCUAACUGUUAAUUCAGUUAAACUUUGUUAAGUUACAUGGUUGCACAGUAAGGGUUCACUAUAAUUCAAUGUGGCAGCAGUCUACUUUUCGGGAGCUUUGUUUUCGGGUGCAGGGGUGUCUUUUUCGAAGAGCAGUUGCACUUACUCAUUUUUCUCCGGUUUGGAAAAGACUGGGGUCUGCCUGUGACCCCAGCGCUGGGAAAAGCUGCCUCAUUUGAAACCAGUAAAUAAAUGUGGAAUUCUAUUUUUGGUAAAAGGGUGUCUUUUUACUUGUACAGCCACUCUUUGUAAUUGGGAAGCCUUUUUGUUUCACCCAGAGGUCUUAAAUAAGGUUACUGUUAUCCACUAAUGUCAUACUUAAGUUGUGGUCUGAACAUGCCCCUUACAAACUUGCAAAGCAACUAAAAUAUUUGCCCGGCCAGCAGUACAAUUUAUGGUCCAGCCCCUCAUGCUGGCUGGAGGAAAUAGCAAAGCAGUAAAUACAACACAGAAAGUGAAACGAGAGGCCGUAAGUGGAAAGAUUACACAAAAUGAGAAUACCAUGUUAUUCAUAGCUUUUUGGCAACAAAACUCAGGCGAUUCAACCAUAUUACACUUCCCGGUUCUACCCUCAUCUCUUGAAAUUUACUGUCGUGGGGUUUUUUGCCAUGCCAUCCUCUCUAUGUAGCAGAAACAUUUCUACUGCACGUGACAAUCAGAGGCAAUUAUCUAUAUUUGCACUUAAUAUCGAAAUAGUCGAACAGGCAGACUUCUAGAGUCUAGCCCUCGGUAAGACAUGCUGGUAUAAUAUAUUGUGAUGAUGGAAGCAGUAAAUCAAAAUUAUGGAAAUUUGCACUGUUGAAAAGCAUGCUUUAGCUUUAUUUUCAAUUAAAAACACUGUUU